CUUCCCCCGCCAUGCCCCGCCCGGCCCGCCUCCUGCCCUGGCUCCCGCCGCGCGCGGCUGCCUGCCCCGCGCCCUCACCCCGCUCCCGCCCCACCCGCGGGUGCAUCCCUUGCCCGUCCCCACCCAGGGCCGAGGGGGGCACCCGUGCUUUUGCACACGCCAGGGGGAAAGUCCCCGGGGUCACGCGGAGGCGUGUAGGGGAGCCUGUGACGCUCAGGCUUGUCCCCACACUUCCGCCUCCAGUCACGACUGGGGGGACCGUGGCAGAGGCGCCCGAAGCGCUCGCCGACCCCCGCCUGGGCCACUCCGGCAGCAGGCGCGCACGUACGCACGCACGCACGCGAUGCACACCAGUCCGGGUGCCGCCGGCUCCCCCGGCAGCCAGGUCACGUGGGCCCGGCGCGGGAAGCCGCGCGAGAGCAGCCCGCCGGGUGCGUGAGCUGGCGCUGGCGCGUGCUGUGCGCAGCGCGGCGCAGCGCGGGAGCCCGCCCGCCGCCGCGGCGGAGUCUGGAGCCACAAUGGAUACUGCUAGCCACAGCCUUGUCCUUCUGCAACAGCUGAACAUGCAGCGAGAAUUUGGUUUUCUGUGUGAUUGCACAGUUGCUAUUGGAGAUGUUUACUUCAAAGCCCACAGAGCGGUACUUGCUGCCUUUUCCAACUAUUUCAAGAUGAUAUUUAUUCACCAAACAAGUGAAUGCAUAAAAAUACAACCAACUGACAUCCAGCCUGAUAUAUUCAGCUACUUGUUGCACAUUAUGUACACAGGAAAAGGGCCCAAACAGAUGGUGGACCACAGUCGUUUGGAGGAAGGGAUCCGAUUUCUCCAUGCUGACUACCUUUCCCACAUUGCAACUGAAGUGAAUCAAGUGUUCUCACCAGAGACUGUGCAGACCUCAAAUCUCUAUGGUAUUCAGAUUUCAACAACCCAGAAAACAGCUGUCAAACAAGGGCUGGAGAUGAAAGAAACCCCUCCCAGUAGCAGUGGGAACAGAGCUGCUGUCCAAGGUGACCACCCACAGCUGCAGCUCUCCCUUGCGAUUGGGCUGGACGAUGGGAGUGCAGAGCAGCAGAGGGCCCAUCCUGCUGCCCAGGCCUUGGAGGAGCACCAGAAGCCCCCGGUGUCCAUCAAACAAGAGAGAUGUGAUCCAGAGUCUGCGAUCUCCCAAGGCCUCUCCUCGUCUUCAUCAGAAGUGACUGGCCCCUCUUUUACAGAAAACAGUAUCAAAGUCCACUUAUGCCAUUACUGUGGGGAGCGUUUCGAAUCCCGUGGUAACCUGAGACAGCACCUCCAUACCCAUGUGUCUGGAUCUCUCCCGUUUGGUGUCCCUGCUUCCAUUUUGGAAAGUAAUGACCUUGGUGAAGUGCAUCCACUUAGUGACAGCAGCGAGGCUCUUGACUGCCGGAGGCUUAGCUCCUUCAUUGUCAAGGAGAAGGAGCAGCAGCAGCCUCCGCCUGAGCACUCGGGCCGGGGUCCCACGGAGCCUUUACAGAUCAGUCAAGUGUCUUUGAUCUCCAAAGAUACAGAGCCAGUAGAAUUAAACUGUAAUUUUUCUUUUUCAAGAAAAAGAAAAAUCAGUUGUACCAUCUGUGGUCAUAAAUUUCUUCGAAAGAGCCAGUUACUGGAACACAUGUAUGCACAUAAAGGUUACAGAGUCAGUAAGAUGAACUUGCAUAUGAAGCAGAUGAGAUCUGUUUUAAAGAAUGUUUUAGAGGCCGGGAGUGAAGCUCAUCUGUAGAGGGCUUGCCUACAUGUGUGAGGCUCUAGGCUCAGUCUUCAGCGCACACACAGACAAACGCACUUCAAACUGUCACUCUUGUCUCAUGUUUCAUAUGAAUUAUGUCCUCAUGAAAAUGACUUUUAAAUAUUUUCUGACAUACAGGAAGUCUGUAGUUAUUUUAAUGUAUAACUAUAUAUUAUAAUGUAUAAAUGUAUAUUAUAAUGUUCUAAGACAUGGCUAUACCAAAUCACGAGUAGUUUUACUGUCUACAUCCUAGUCCCCAGCCUCUUACAUGGCCUCUUAUUUAAUUAACAUCAAGUAUACCUCAUUUUUUAAUAAAAAAUAUUCCAGCUAGAAGAAAGGACUGGAGAAGCCAGUGCUAAGGAAGUCUUGGACAGAGAAACCAGUUCAUACAUAUAUCCAAGCACAGAGGCGGGCUCUGAACCGUCCCUGGGCCAGCGAGCACAGCUACUGUGUCUUUACACACCCAAGGGCAAUUUCAGAUUUCUAUAGCGAGAGGUUUACCUAGAUUUGAAGAGAAAAAUAAGAUACAAACCAUCUCUCUAGCUUAACGCAGCAGAAUUGUCUAGGCUGUCUGGGUUGAUGGUAAUUUUCUGAAAGUCACUCUUACAGGUAAUUUUGCAGUAUAGUGUGGCUUUCACUUCUUCUGUUAGUAAAACUAGUGAAGUAGGUACAUCCAGUGUUCCAGGCCUAUUUAAAACCCACGCUGGCAGCUCCCCUUUUGUGAAUAUACUUAACUUCUCUUCUAUAGUGGUGACACUUAGAAACUUAAAACCCCAGAAAAAUUGAAGUUGAUGGACUAAGUGAUGGAUUUACUGUACCUAAAACAUAGCCCAUCAAAUUUCAUUGUUUCUGAAGUGUUUAAGUUUGAAGCUCUGCAGUCAAGGAUAAGAAGGCAAGAGAGACUGCAGAAGAGCCCUCCUCCUUCCCCUAUCCUAUUAAAGCCUAGGCUUCACAGACAUUUGAAGAACACCUGAGAUGGUCCUGAUCCCUGCCCGCCCCCAAGUUUGGAAACAGUCUUGGUAUGUGACCCAGGUUGGCCUUAAGCUCUUGGGCAUAGCAGUUUUCUGUUUCAGUUUGCCGAGUGGCCGGGCAUGUGCCAUCUCACAGGUGUUUGAAUACAUCUAGUAAACGUGAUGCUUAGAUUUUAGCCACAUGCAAAGUCUGAACUGCUCCUGCUCCCAUAGAACACCUCUGAAGACAUUUCUUAGAGAUUCUUCCCCCUGUUUGUGGGGAGCCUAGAGUAAUCCAGCUAAUUCUGAAACAAAAAUCCUUUCUGGGUAAACGGUGAGUUCAGACGGAAUAACAAAGCAGUGGUUUCAGAGAUACUCUUGCCUGCCUCUCCGCCCAGAACUCGUGAGGUUGAUCUCUUGUGAGUUCAAGGCCAGCCUGGUUUAUAGAGUGAGUUCUAGACCAGUUAGCUACAUAGUGAGACCCUGUUUCAAACAAACAAAAAUCACAUAUGCAAACCACAUACCAAACCAAAGUAGCAGUUUUGUUGUCUUUGGUUUUUGAGACUUUCUUGCUAUAUGGCCCACGCUGACUUUGAACUCACCAUCUUCCUCCCCUGCCUUCUUAGUGCUGGGAUUAUGGGCUGUACCACCAGCCAGGCUUCAGAGUGGUAACUUGAGGGUCGGGUGAAGAACCCCAUUAGUGUUGUCUUAAGGUAGUUGAAUUUCUGAUUUAGAGACUUAGCCUCUGGGGUCAAGACCCAUGUGUAGAGAGCAAAAUCUAGUUAGAGGGGUUGGUUAAACAAGUAUGCUGUUAUGUAUGGGGGUAUUACAAUUAUAUAUAAUCUUAAACUAUUCAUUAAAGCACUACUCAGCCAUACUACCUUAAAUGAUUUAACCUUAUAGAAACUCAAAUACCAAUUUAAUAUAUUUUAAACUGUUUAGGAUAUAUUUCCUACUUUUAAUUUUUCUUUUUUUUUAAGAUACAGUGUCAUGUUUAGCCCAGGCUGGCCCCAAACACACUAUAUAGCUGAGGAUGGUUUUAAACUCCUGAUCUGCCUGCUCUUCCUCCAGGCACUGGCACUAUAGUUGUGCACCCCCUCCACCAUGCCCAACUUUCCUUAGCCUUCUCAAAUAUAAAAAACCCUAACAAUUCUCACUUAAAUCUUUUCAACUUUUCUGUAAUCUUCCUUGCAUACCAAGUCAUCAGUCUUACACACAAGAGGCCCUUAUAUAGCCGAAGGGUGGAAACAGAGGCUUUCAGGGUAGGUGAAGGACAGUCAGGAGAGAUGCUGACAGAGCUUGCCUACAGCUAAUGGCCAUGUCAGACACUUCUACUUAAAGUGGAACUGUGAUGUGGGAUUUCCCCCUAUGCUGUGAAUAUGUUUUUACAGAAAUGGGUUAAUGUAAGAAGUAAGAGCUAACUAGGAAUACACUAGAGUCAUUGACCACACGGUGUUGUGAUUAGUAUAGUUUCUGUGUGAUUAUUCGGCUCUGGGCAGCUGGGGAAUGAACGAGCAGUCUCGGCUUACAGAACCGUAUGCAGAAGAGUUAGUAAACAUAUGUUAGUAAAUGAAACGGAAUUGUACCUAGAGUCUGGGGAGUAAAGUCAUCGCUGCUCACAGAUUGGAAGCUGAGGUGAGAGCUAGGUAUGGCGCCUCUUGUCCCAGUGCUGGUGGAGGAGUAGAGACAGGCGGGCAGCAGGUGCUCUCAGGCCAGCCCCGCAGAGAGAAGCUCCAGGUUCCGAGAGAUCCAUGUCUCAAAAACAGGUGGAGAAGUGAUUAUGGAAGACGUGGUCUCUGGUCUCAACACAUGCCCACAUGUUUGUGCACACCCACACACAUGCAUACCCCACACACAUACAGAAUAAGUGGAAGUCUGUGAGCUUGGAGAAAAUAUUAGUUCACCUGGUUCCUAUCGCUUUUAAAGUUCUCUCAUGCCAAGAGCUUUACUCGAUUCCUCUCAUUUACAAAGCUCCUUUUCAUACCAGACCAAAAAGACAAAAUGCUGGGUCUUGCCCAUCUGUAACCCAGCUGUCAGUAGACUGAGGCAAGACGAGCCUGGAGCUACGUGGCGAGACCCUGACUCAGUCUGCAAUAACAUUGUUUUAGGAAGUGGAGAAAUGUUAGUUUCGUUUUAUGGGAAAAGUUCCCCAAAGCUAGUUUUUACAGAGGCAUGUAGUCACUGGGAUGGUAUCUGCUGUCACUUUGUUUUGAUUUUUGAAGAUUUAUUUAUCUUUAUGUUAUGUGUUAAGUGUUUUGCUGUCUUCUGUACAUAGCAUGCAUGCAGUCCCCUGGAGGCCAGGAAAGGGCAUCAGAGCCUCCGGAACUCAAGUGGGUGUGGGAACUGAGCCCAGGUCCUCCUCCAGAGCAGCAAGUACCCUUAAACACUGAGUCAUCCAUUUCUCCAGCCUGUUUUGACUUUUUGAGGUGAGGUCUCACUGUAUGGCCCAUGCUGGCCUGGAACAGUCUCUUGUCAACCUCCUAAGGGCUGGGAUGGCAGACAUGUAUUGUCGUGGGUAGUUUUGGUUUUGGUUUUUAAGGACAUGAUUUGUCAUUGGGGUGGGGAAAAGUCUUCAUACUUUAAAAGUUUUUCCAGAGAAACAGCCUUGCUCUUUACCACAUCUGUAAAAUGGAGCUUUGUCUCUGUCUUAAGCAGUGUGGUUUGGGUAAUGGUUGCCAAGUUGAACCAGGAGUUGCUUGCUGGAUGUACUUUGUUGCCAAAUGCCGCCCUCUUGUGUUGAGGUAAAUAAUCUCUGCUGGCUCACAUUUUGAAGGCAUGGUGGGGAAAAAGCCCUGGUUCUUACCAACCGGCUCUGUAUUAGGCAGAUUUUUAAUAGAUCUUCUCCACUCUGGCCAGCUUUAAACCCCCUCUUCUCCCUGGAUCCUGCGUCAUGGUGUUUUCUGGAGAAAAGUAGAGGCGUCUCAGCAUUUGUUCUUAGUGGGGGAACCCAGUAAAUGCAGUCUGCCUUCAAACCAAUGUUGUUGUUUUUAUUGUAUAACCUUGAGAUGGUUACUCACUUCUCCGACUGACCUCCCAGGUAAAGUGGGUGUCAACAGCACCCACCUCACAGGGAUACAGUCAGUACCGUCGGGCUUAAGACUAAAAUUGUGUUAGUGUAGUGAUGACAACCAGCCUCUGAGGAAACCUUCAUAGCUGGAGCCCUAGUCAGUAUUUCUUCCUGUAGAUUCUAGAACGUGUUUGAAGCUAUCAUGUACUACUUACUAGCCAAUUAGCUGAGGAAACUGGUUUUUACAAAAAUACUCUGGAAAUAGCAGUGUUAUGUAAAUUCUUACUCUACUGUUUUCUACUCUUCGGCAAGGAAAAGGAGGAUUAGCAUUGUUGGGAAUAAAAUACACUACUUCAGUAUUAAAGAGACUUUCUCCCAAAUACAUUGUUUCCAUUAAAAAAAAAACAAAUAAAAUUGAAAAAAAAAUCCCAUCGUUUCUUGGAAUGAAGAUGGUCUAAACAGUAGACGGAGGAAAGAAGUGGGAUGAGGACGCCACCUAGUAGCUCGCCAAGGUUCUGAGCUAACUCUGGAGAAGCCUUCCCGAACACUGACGGAAGCUGCUGGUGGUCGUGAAGAGCGAGGACAGACCCUGCAGCCUGUCUGCACAGGCAGUUCUUGAUAUGGAAACCGGAUUCCUGACGAAGACUUGAUAGGUGUUUGUGUGGUGACUGCAUUAGAAGUAGGUCGUGUGGAGAACUUUUACAGUGUAACCUGUGUGUUUUCGUGUGCUUAAACUUUAUCUGUGACAUUUCAUUAUGAUAAGUUGUUAAAUUCCUAGGAGUGAACCCUGUAAAUGCUUCUG